AUGUCCCACGAAGAUCAUGAUAAACUGAGAACAUUAUGCCAUCCUGCUGUAAACCUAGUCAUUGUUUCAUAUUCAACUGAUUCCCAAACCACUUUUGAAAAUGUUAGGAAAAGAUGGCUACCGGAAGUAAAUCAAUAUGCUCCGCAGAUUCCCGUGGUACUUGUAGGAUUGAAGAAGGAUCUUAAGGAUAACAUGAGUACAGGGACGGAUACAAACGAAGAAGCAUUGGUGUCCGAAGCUCAAGGACACAAGAUGAAAAGUGAAAUAGGGGCUGAGAAAUACGUGCAUAUUCUUACGAAGGCGUGUAAACUAUAUGUAGUAUAUUACAAACCAGUGUACUGUGAGUUUCCCUGA